CUCACCGUCUCCUUCCGCCGGCCCCUCCGAGCAAAGGGACAAAACCCUAGAGUUCGGCGAGGGAGGGCGGAGGCGAGGCUGCUGGUCGGCGGUCGCUACAUCGGAUCUCGACGACGCCGCUUGAACCCAGGCCUUUGUUCUUCUUCCCCGCGAGGUGCCGCAAUGGCUGCGAAAGGCGGGCCAACCAACUUGGAGAAGGAGCAGAUGUUUGGGAUGGCGGAGAAGGAGAUGGAGUACAGGGUUGAUCUUUUCAAUAGGCUUACACAGACCUGUUUCGACAAGUGUGUUGAGAAAAGGUAUAAAGAAGCUGAGCUCAAUAUGGGUGAGAACAGUUGCAUCGAUCGAUGUGUUUCGAAGUACUGGCAGGUGACAAACUUGGUUGGUCAGAUGCUCGGGAACCGGCCUCAGAUAUGACCUGAGAAGCAUUAGUUGCAUUUUGUAGCGUAAUCUGUCGCUCUGUUUCUCCAUUUUGGUUGGUUUUAGAAUGCCUCUACCUGCUAUUAAGUACACCAAUGCAGCACCAGUGACUGGCUGAUUCGUGGACCGCUCAAAGGAAAUCCCGAUGUCUUGCACUUUCCAGGGAUGUGCCUUGUCUAUGAAUCAUGAACAGGGAACAUGCCUGUAAUAAUUUGAUACAGCUCGGGAGAAUAAUUCUGUUGCUAAAGCUGUACCUGUUUCAUAGUUAAACUGCUGUAUUGAUGCGUUGCCACUGUCGUGGCUUCUGGACGCAACUUUUGCUUGCU